CACACAUUCACAAAGUGUCAAUUUAUGUUUAUUUGCGACACUCAACUGAUGAUUCUCAUAUUGUUUUCAUUUUUCUUCUUCACUCUCAUCAUUUCUAGGGAAAAAAACACUUACAGUUCUAAUUUUAGCUACUUGAUUUUGGUGCUCGAUCCACAUUAUCGAUACAUAAUUUCAUCUUUUACUGGAAUUUCAACGACCAUGGUAUCGUUUCUUGCACGGUCAUAGAGAAAAUCACAAUCUCAACUAUUUUUUUCCCGUCUUGUUCUCUUGGUGGUUGGUGUAAGGCACACUUUGAUAAGGCUAGCUGCAGUGGAUAACAAUUCAGCAAAAAAUGUCGAAUUCAAAUGCAUUUAGUAAAGCGCGGCAGCGUCGACGGUUGGCUGCGAUAGCAUUUCUCUCGAACAUUUCGAUGGAUGGUACGCAUCGGGACACAAAAUGGGGAGCCCUCAUGAAUAAACGCCAUAAGGAGAACAAUUCCAAAGAAGAUGUAGUCAAUAAUCAUGUGAUGACCAACGGUUCCGUUGGCACAUCUCUAUCGAAAGUUUUGCUAAGUGACAGUGACAUCGUUUCGACGGAUAUUCAACCCAUGAUAACCAGAAGCAAAUCCAGAAAAUCCACACUACGCUCCAUGGAACCGAGUCCCGAUCGAAUGUCGGAAAGCUCCGAUUCGGAUAGCCUGAAAAUGCGCGUUUUUCAGACACCCAUUCGAGAUCGAACGAUGACCGUUUGUGCGAUAACAGCCCGCGAAAUACCAUCGAUAGCAAGCGAGAUGCGUACUCGAUUAUUUUCGACAUCCAGUCGACCGAGUUCAACCACAACGGCAAAACGUGCUAUCGGAAUGGAUGAUAAAAAAUACAGUGAUCUCAGUAGUAAUGAAAGCCUAACGCACGUUGGAAGUGCUGGCCGACUAUCGCGCAUCGUUCAAAUUACCGAGCAAAAAGGCGAUGUCAAACAUGUAUCUAGCUCAAAUCGAGCACACAAUUUCAAAGACGAUCGAAUCAUACUAAUGACGAACAAAGUGCCAUUUUAUAUGUUCAGUAACAUACCAUUUUAUAAGAAUAGUAAAACUAGCGCUAGAAUCGAAUUACGGAAGGAUGGUGCAAGAAGAAGAAAUACAUCAGGGCCACGACCAUUGUCAGCCAUUAAUGAUGUUGCAUUUGAUGCAUUCGAUCUGUUGGGCAUUGAAAAGAGUGAAAAUGGACAGGAGAAAUCGUAUGGACAUCUGCUGAUACCAUCGCGCCCGCAACAGAAAGAGAAGAAAAAUCCAUUCGGCAUGCAAAUUGAACCAAACCUUGAAUUGACGGGACCACAUGCACUCAAGAAUUACGGCAUUGCAAGGUAUUAUCCAUUUGAAAAUUACUCAAAUGCUCGAAACAUGAGCUUGACUAGUACGACGAUUGGCAGCAACGAGAAGCAGACCAAUGAUGAUCAAUUCGAUGUGGAUGGAAAAUUUAAUAUGUAUCAAUAUUCGGCAAAUUUACUGGACGACCCGGAAUUGAUAGCGGGCAAACAUCGAACCCUUCUCACAUUUACAUCGUACGUUACAUCCGUUAUCGACUAUGUGAAGUCAUCGGACUUGAAAAAAGAAUUAAACGAUAAGUUCCGUGAACGUUUCCCGCACAUCCAGUUGACACUGAGUAAAUUGCGAAGUUUAAAGCGUGAAAUGCGUCGUAUCAACAAAAUGGACAGUCGAAUUGAUUUGCUCACCGUAUCACAGGCCUAUGUAUACUUUGAAAAAUUAAUAUUGGCCAAUUUGAUAAACAAAGAAAAUCGAAAACUAUGCGCUGGUUCUUGUCUAUUGCUUAGCGCCAAAUUGAAUGACAUCAAGGGUGAAGCACUGAAAAGUUUAAUUGAGAAAACAGAGAGCGUAUUUCGGUUGAAUCGCAAAGAGUUGCUGGCAUCUGAGUUUGCUGUAUUGGUUGCACUUGAAUUCAGCCUGCACGUACCUAUUGGCGAAAUAUUUCCCCACUAUCAACGACUUGUCUAUGAAUCAUAGAAUUCGGCCACGAGCUGUGACGUUACGCUAAAAACGAAAUGGACAAUUCGAAACGACUCAGUUCAAUUGAGAUAUUUUUGUACAUUGAUACCGCAAAGUUAUUUGAUACAUAUGGCUUAAAAUGUAAUAAACUGUAAAACGGAAACCAAAAAAAAAGAUAAAAACCAACAAAAUCCAAGAUCUAUGCUGAAAGCUCAAAUUAAUCAUAAUCUUGCGCGAGAAUAAAAUUUAUCGAAGGGAAAUAAAGAGUCAAGUAAAGAAUGAAAAAAAAGUUUAUUGAAAACAGCGUUUAUUGUGAGAAUGAACAGAAAAAACACGUACACACAUUUUGUUUUUGCCAAAUUUAUGAGAUAAAUAAAUCAACAAAUUGUUUGCAAUAAAUAUUAUAAACAUUUAAACAUUGUUAAGAAAAAUAGUGAAAUUUGUUCGUUGAAAAAAAAAUUUGUUUUCUUUUCCACUAUCAAAAA